AUAUAUAUAUUUAUAUAUAUAUAUUUUUUAAUAUUGUUAUGUAUAAAGUGUGUUUCGCUUCCGCACGACUACAAACGACGACGACGACGACGACGACGACAAAGACAAAUCGCUACGUACGUUUCGCCGAAUAGUUUCCCCCGUCGUGUCCUCGCAGUGUUCAAAUAUACUUACAAUAGAAAUAUAUUAAAAUUGCAAAGUUUCGCGGACCCGGCCGGUCCGCGCGCCUCCCGAUUCCCUUAUAUACGUAUGUAUCAUCGGUAUAUCACUUAUCGUGGCGUAGACCCGCCAACGUAAACCCGAACGAGCCUCCCUCCCUGCCCCCUCCAGCUUCUCGUCUCGUGUGCUGCCUGUGUAGAAUGCGUGUGAGUGUCUGCGUUUCUCUUCUCUCCCGGCGAUCUCCUCUCUUUCGACCUCUCUCUCUCGAAACGAAUCGUCGAAAAAGUACCUAUCUUCGAAUGGUUCGAAUCUCAGCGGCUACCGAACCUCGUUACUCGCCGUUUACGGAUGUAGAACUGUUUAGAACGGUGAACCGUCGGCUCAUCGAGAGAGCAGUCUCGGCGAUCGGCUCGCAGGAAUCAUUUCGUUCCGAAGAGAAUUCCAGGAGGAUCUAUCGGCGAUCAUCGAAUCUCUUCUCUUCGUUCAGCGUCUCCUUCGUCGAUCGGGAAGACUUAUUUCCCUCUUUAUUUCUCUCGUAUCCCGUUUCUCCUCUCGAGUGAUCUUCGUUUCUGGCUGCGCGUUUGUCUCUAAGUCUCUCUUCGUUCUUCUUAUCUUUUCUGUUUCUUUCUUUCAUUUUUUUUUAGAUAGGGCAGUGUUGUGGACGGUUACGGAAUCAAUGUCCGUAAUCCCAAAAAACGUUUCCUACAAGUAUACAUACUAUUUAAUAAGUACAUACUUCAACAACCGUCUUUAGAGCUAAGUUUAUAAGGUAUCGUACGAUUUUCUCAUAUUAUUAUUUUUUUUCCUCGUUUUUCCGGCCCCGCCUCGAUGCGUCCCGUCCUCGCGUUUCGUUUUAUUAUGAAAACAUUUUGAAAAAAAUCACGUUUCGCUGCUCCGCGCGAUUCCCUCUACCUCUCCUCGCCUACCCAAUCGAAACGAUCCCGCGAAAUCCAUCGAACCCCCCUCUCUCUCUCUCUCUCUCUUUCUCUCACUCUUACUCUCACUCUCUCUUACUCUCUCUCUCUCUUACUCUCACUCUCUCUCUUUCACCCCCGCAGCUCGAGUACGUACUAGAUUUGUAAUAAUAACCAUUAAUAGGUGUAUAAUCUAUCUAUCUACCUAACUAUCUAUCUAUCUACCUAACUAUCUACCUAUCUAUCUAUCUAUCUAUCUAUCUAUCUAUCUAUCUAGCGAAACAGCAUCAUAUUAAAGUCUAUCCUCCUCCUCCUCCUCGUUAUCCUCGUUAUUCUCCUCGGACUCCUCCUUGUAGCCGGGAUGCUCGGAGAUCGCGUAGUAGUUCCCGUUGUAGAUGACGCCGAGCUCCCUCAGCACGUCCCCCUUGAUGAUCGCCUUGAUCGUCCAGUUGUAACACUCCUCGCUCUCGCUCUCGCGGUCCAACCGCUCCACGUCGACGAUCUUCGAGCUGAGCCGUUCCAGUAUGAUACCGAUGUCCUUGAUGCUUAAGUGUUUCUGGUCUACGGUGAGCUGAUCGAUGAGCAGUAAAAACUUCUCCGAGGUGACGAUCUCGUCUUCCAUGAUCGUGUUCUCGGUCUCCGACUCGGAGCUGUCGUGCUCCUGAUGAUGAUGGUUGUGAUGAUGUCUCAUGUGGAAUCCCGCCGUGGACGAGUUCCCGGCCAGUCGGGACCCUCCCGAGUCGUCGUCCGCGGUGUCGCAGAAACGCACGUGGCCUUUGACCAGGCCGGGUCGCCUGGUGCCGUCCGACAAAGAAGACGGAGGCUGCGGCGACGGUGUCUGCGUUUGCGUCUGCUGCUGUUGCUGCUGCUGCUGCUGCUGGUGAGGAUGAUGGUGCUGCUGCUGCUGCUGGUACUGCUGAUGUUGGGCGUCCUGGAUCGGCGAGGUGGCCACCGAUUUGUGCACCGCGAUCCGGCGGCCCUCCUCGUGCAGGGCGCAGCAAUGGAAGUCGCACUCGCCGCUCGCCCCGCUGUCCGCGCCGUUCACCGGGCUACCGUUCCUCACCACCGGCUGGUGGAUGUGAUUCGAACACUCGGGCGUGUGGAUAUGGAUGGUGGUGCUGUCGAACGAGUUCGUGCCCUGCUUCACCAGGCGGCCGGGCAUCCCGUGCGGCUGCUGCUGCGGCUGCUGCUGCUGCUGCUGUCACCGCGACAAUUUUAAACGCGUACCAUGUCGUCAUGAUUUAUCACAGUAAUUUGGGGGCUGGCGUAGCGGCUGGGGCCGAGCUCGCCGGAUAGGUGUCCCGGCUUCGCGCCGUAGUUCAGCUUGUCCAGGCUCGUCUGGAUCACCAGCGACGGCCGCUGCGCGCCACUCAGGUCGGCCUUCUUGGUGGGCGAGUACUUCGAGCUGCCGGCGUCAGGACCCUUCUGCUGCUGCUGCACCUGCGACGACGCGGAGGAACGCUGGUCCCAGUGCAGCACCACGGUGACCCGCCCCUUAUUGUCCAUGAUCUUCCACGACGGCGUCUCAUCGUGCAGCUCCAGGGCGUGGAUCGUCUCGCAGACUAUUUUCGGGAUCGCUGAAAUCGCUGAAACCGUGGAAAACUGUCGAGUGCAAAGGGUUAACUGAGCGUUGGAACGACGUGGAUAAGUACCGGCGCGUAUGAUAUCGACACCAGUCGGGCACCAACGUUCACCAUGCCUCAGCAACAGCAGGAUCGUGUUGUUCGCUAGUGUCUUGAAGUACUCGCCGUCUUCGACCUGCGUCCCGUCGGACUCGAGCACCAGCGACACGUUCUCGUUCUGCGGGACACCCAGUUUCUCCUUGCCUAGCAGUCGUAACACCGGGAUUAGAUCGUGGAACGGUUUUUCGCCGCGCGAGGUAACCGAUCGGGGAAAGGACGAGGAACGAGUAGCCGAGGAACCGGACGAUCUCCGAGCAGGUUCGACGAAAACGCCGACGAACGACCCGAAGAACCACGGAGGAUCGGUGUCCGGUUGGUCCUCGAGCGCACGUCCUUUGGAACGCUUGGUAAACAACGCUGGACCGUCCGGGGAUGGGAAUCGGGGUCAACCCGAUCGGAGCAUAACCUAAAAGGAAGGAAAGGGAUGAAUGGAAAAUUGCAAGAAUCUUGAUUAAAGCUUCUGUGAUGGAGACUGAACGUCCACCAGGUACAAGGGAACCGAGCAGGUGCGUUCAGACCCCUUUCCAUUGGCCCCCGUUGCCCUGACAACUGCGAAUCCAAUGAUAAACAACAGUCAGCGUCCCCAGGCAUGUUUCAUCAAGCAUUCAGUCGCGACAAAGGAAAUGAUCAACAUCUGUCAUCCGAAGAUCAUCGGGAAACCACCUGCCAAGGAAACCUACUCGGCCAAACGCCUAGACAGGAAGGAUGUCCUGGAAGAAAAUGACAAAAUGGAAACGCGGAGAACGGAUCACAACCGUAACGUCAUUGAGUCGGGUGUAUCCUUCGAGCAACUCUGCGAAAUGAUCAGUGGCAUCGAGGAGAGUAUCACUAAUGAUGGACUGCAGCUGGAGCCGGAGAAAGACGCCUCUGGGCUGAGAGGAUCCACCGGAACCACCUGCGAGGAUAUAAUGUCCUUUUUGGCGAAGCUCGAAGAAGGUACUCUGGACGAAACGAAGGCGAUACCGGAAGUGGACACCGAAAUGCUUCAGCAGAUAUUCGACAAAUCGCGGCCGUUCGGUUGUGGCGAUUGCAAUAGGUUAACAAUGGCCCCAGUGAAAGUCAGCAAUCCCAUGUUUGAGGAGGAUCUGUCCACUGCUCGGUUGCAGCUUGAGGAGCUAAACGCAACAAUUGCACUGUUGAAGGAGCAGCUGAAGUCUGAGAGGAAGCUUGUCUGCGAGAAGCUUGAUUCUCAGAGGAAAAGUGGCAUGGCGAAGCUGCAGGCACAGGAGGAGAAAUACAAGGCUAUUGUGAAGAGGCAUCAGAAGUUUAUAGAACAAUUGAUUGCGGAGAAGACUGAGUUGACAGAGAAGUGCAACUGCCUGGCGCAGAGAGUGAAGUGCAUUGAAGGCAGAAUGCAGCGGGACUUGAGGGCAGCAGCUGAUAGACAUACGGUGGAGCUGCAGAGGGCCAAGGAACAUUAUGCUGCUGCUGAGAAGAUCAAGAGGGAGAGGUGGAUUGAAGCCAGAACCACGAAGAUCAAGGAGAUGACCGUGAAGGGACUAGAGCCAGAAUUGAGGAAGAUGAUGGAGCAACACUCAGAGGAGAUCCAGAACCUGAGGAACCUUCACAUGAAGGAAUUGCAGGACACAGAGUUGAGGGUGAUUCGCAGGUCCAACCAGCAAUUGGAACAGCUGCGAUUGGAAUUGACAAGCAGUCAUGAGAGGAUGGUGGCGAACGAGAAGAGUAUCUUGUGGGCUAGGUACAAGGAGAAACUGGACGAGCAAGAGAGUCGGUUCAAAGAUCAGCAGCUGAAGCUGAUGGAAGAGCUGCAAGCGGAGCGAGAAAGGUUCACCAAGGAACAAGCUAGACUGGUUGCUGAGAAUGAAACCAAGUUCCAUAGGUUGCAUCAGCAGUGUCAGGAAGAGGCGCAGGCCCUGAAGCAACAGUACAUAAACGAGAAGAAGGCUCUGGAGGAGUCUUUGAAGGCAGAAUGGGAGGCUUGGAUGGCUGACUAUAAGAAGCAGCAAUCAUUGAAGAUGGAGAGAGCCGAGGGUGUCAUUAGGGACGAAUGCAAUAGGGAAAGGGAUAGACAGAUAGAGCUGGCUAUUCAGCGUCUCGAGAAGGACUCCCGGGAGGCGAAACUGAGUCUUCAGGAACAUCUUGAUUGCAAGCUCAGGUCUUUGCAAGAGAGGUUCAACACAGAUGUGCAAACCGCGGUCGACAAGGAACAGCUGUGCAGGGUUCAGAUGACGCAGUGCAAGGAUAAGCUGGAGAGGACGGAGACUAGAUUGCAGAAAAUAGAGGAAAGGCUGCAAGAGUGUACAAACGAGUUGAACAGCGCGAACGAGGUGGCGAGGAAGUUGAGUUUGGAGAGGGACAAUGCGAAACAGUUAGCCAGACAGGAUAUAGAAGGAGAGAAAAGGGAGUUGGAGGAGAAGAUCGCAUCGCUUUACCAGGAAAUCGCUCAGAGCAAUGCGAACAGGGACGCUUCGAUGGCUCAGCUGCAUAGCAGGUUCAGUUUUAAUUUAAAUGAGNNNAUCCUGACGAUAAAGAAUCUCACUAGAGAACUUGGCAGCGUCAAAUCGAAGUGCGAACACUUGGAGAAGCUGUUGGAUCAGCAGCGAAAGGAAUAUAUUUUGAGGAGUUUAUGAAAGCAACGUUGUUAAUUGAUGUACGUUUUAUUUCAUUGUAUGCGCUCAGGCUUGUUCAAGUAUCAUACAGUGUUCUUUAAACAGUUACGCGAAUAUUUUAUACAUUCAUUUGAUAUAAAACUAGUUUUUUUAAAAUUAUUUUUAUCGUAUGUUCUUGUAAUUUAUGUAUGCACUGUGAAAAAUUAAUACACUAUGUGUGUAUAUAUAUUUUUAUAUGUAUAUAUAUAAUAUAUAUGUAUAUAUAUGUAUAUACAUAUAUAUAUAUAUUUAUCUUGGCGGACGGCACUCCGCGUGUUACAGUAAAGAAAAAAUGAUUUAAAUGAUUUCGACGGUUUCUAUUACAUAAGGUAAAAUCAUCGUAAACGCUUGUUCGCGGAAGUUUCUGGUAAAAUUAGACUUUUUUCACAAUUUGAACGACGUCCUCGUCACACAGUACAUGAUCCUUUCCAACUUUCUGAGGCUGAUGCUUGACGGAAGAACCCCACACAAGUGCACUAGAAAUAACAAAGAAGAUCAUAAGUGUGACAAAUCGUGCGAUUUUUAUUUAAAACCGUGGAAAUGAACUUACUAUUUGAAUUCUUUUGCAAUGGAUCUGUGAAGUUUAUUGCAAAAAUCUUCGACAGUUCUCUUCUCUCUGUUUAGGACUACAGGAGAAUUAUAGUCAGGUAGCUGACCUUUGGGUUUGGUGUAACUAUAAUAGAAGAAAUUAAUUGAAUAUACAAUUUAUAAAGCUAACGAAUCGAGUACUCACAUUCUAACCAGCUGCAAGUAAUCCCACAUCUUUUCCAGCAGGUCAUCAAAGUUCCAUUUAUGAUGAGCAGAAAUUGGUACGCAGUGAGGUAUUUUAUAAAUGAUAUCUAAUUCUUCGAUACUGAUUUGAUCUAAACAAAUAGAAAGAAGAUAAUUGUUGUAUCGAUCCUCUGUUCCUUUUGUAGAUAGGUUGUAACAAAUCAUUACCUAUUUUAUUGAGCAAAUAAAUGCAGGGUAUAUAAACACGAUUUCCUUCUAUUAC